CGCACUUGAUCAGUGAGCAGAAAUCAAUUGACCAACACUUCCUCACAUCAAUGUCGGAUCAAUCACCUCUCGCACUGUGGGAGGCCUCCGCCAACAGCCCCUUCAUCCCCGCCGUUGGCAAAGACGCGCAGCUCCUGGUGGGCUUCGUCUUGCUCUCCAUUGGCUUCGUCUUGACGGCUCUCUUCGGCCUCAACCUUUCCGUCAAGAACCUGCCCGUCCUCGCCGUGCCCGCAUCUCUGGCCUUCGCUUUUGGCGCCGUCUACAUGAUCUGCGCAGUCGGCGUCUAUGUAUAGAUCGCACUCUCCGCACGACCAGCCGACGCCUCGCAACCGCAGGGUAAAGCCGCUGUCCUUGCGGUCGCUGCGCCAGGAACGGAGAAGAGAAGACAUCAUACCACCGUCUGUGGAGCGACGAAAGGCGGCAACAGCACAGAGGCACUUCCACCCUGUGACAUCGACUCUCUUCAUCCUCGCCUGCGGCCUGACCGCCUUCUUUGUCGUCUCGACUGCUGCUCUCCACUUGGCGCACUUCAUACGAUCAGGACAGUAUCAAGAGACGGACUGAGGAGCGAUCACGUAGAACUAGGAUACCCACGACAGAAGCGCUACACAUUCGCCACCUCCAACAUGGCCACUACCAAUCCACUUCUUUUCUCUGCCGUCUCUUCCUCCGCUCGCCAGAUUCUCCUUCUCCUCCGCUGCAUUUCAUUUUCUAAAAUGAAAUGCAGCGCUACUGUGCGCAUCACCCCCGAUGGGCUCCGCUUGAGCACAGAAGAAGGUAGUGUCAUGGAGGCUUUCGUACAUCUCGAGAAGAACCUCUUCACGUCCUAUAAGUACACCAUCCCAGAGGCAGAUCCCUCCUCCCAAGACGAACCUCUUGAACAUCCCAUCUUCGAAGUCAACCUCAUCUCCCUUCUCGAAACGCUGAACAUCUUCAGUGUGCCCGACCCAAGCGCAGCUAAGCGUCCCGAUGACUACUCUGCUUUUGCAGCACAUCGUCUCAACCGACACGCCAACCAAAACGCCUUCAACCACCCCCUUCACGUCGCCGGUAUUUGCACAUUCUCCUAUGAUGGCGAAGGAAGUCCCCUAAGCAUCCACAUGUCCGAAGCCGGUGUCACAACCACCUGCGACCUCACAACCUAUGAAGCAGAAGUUGCCGAAGAAAUUCCAUUUCGGCGAGAGAGUCUAGCUCUCAAAGCCAUCAUGCGUUCCGCAGUCCUGCUAGACACACUCUCCGAGCUCAGCAACAUGAACCCGCAAAACUUGACCAUUCAAGCUAGUCCUGACUCCCGUACGGCCAACCUAUCUCUCAGUGCAUCGGGGCCUCUGGGAUCAUCCAUGGUGGAUUUCACCACACAUACCGAUUCCGAAACACCCAUUCUUGAAACUUUUCAGUGCCCUUCGAAAACUGCAGCGAGUUACAAAUUCAGCAGUGUCAAGGCUGCUCAACGGGCCAUGCAAUCUGCUUCCAAGGUCUCACUGCGGUUAGACGAAGAUGGCGUUCUCAGUCUACAAUUUCUCGUCGAGAUAGGAUACGGCGAAGGAGAUGGAGCUGCGUUUGUAGAUUUCCGGAUCGUACCUCUUGUCGAUGGCGAAGCAGAAGGCGACCAUGGAGACGACAGUGAUCGCUCUGAUUAGCUCUACUCUGUCUAUGUCUAUUCAUCACCCAACGACAGAAGCGCAUAUCAAUCUCUGAAAACAAACAAUGAACGAACCUCGAUGAUUAACCGAACAUGCAAUCACCCGGCCGGACCUCAUCUCCUCUCACAACUUCGAUUCCUGGUCCGUCCUAUCGGUCUCGUCCACUCUCGGCCCCCGAUACCACACGAUCCACGCUUCAUCGCAGCCAUGUGCAAAAAAUCUGAUUUGCCUGAUUCGAUUCUCGGGAAUGAAGUCCUCUUCGUCCGUAUGCUCCGGCCACUGGUCCAGGCGCUUCCAGAUCACACUAUUGGGAACAGAGGGAUCCUCAUAGCCCACUUCGUAUUCAUUCGCAGCAUGGAGAGGGUCGUGUUUGAAUCGUUCCAUGGCUUGUGCAGCUGUACCGAAGUGUUGAGAGGCGUCAGAAGGAACUUCGGUGAAAGCUGGACGAGCUUUCGUGGCUUUCGUCGUGGUUCUGGAUGUGGAUGAGGGUCCAGCAGGAGCAGAAGAAGUUGUCGUCCUCGCUGUCGAAGGGCCAGCAGCCCUGGAACCAGUUAUCGUUUUCGCUAGCAAAGAGCCAGCAGUCAUCAUUUUAGCCAUCAACGGGCCAGCAUCAGCAGCAGUAGGAGAAGAAGUUGUCGUCGCUGUCGAGGGGCCAACGGUCAUCGUUUUCGCUGUCGACGGGCCAGCAGCAAUAGAAGGAGGCGGCGGUGCUCCCAACAACUUUUCGACAACUUGUCUCAGUAGCUCCGCAAAGUUUGCCUUUGGUGUUACAUUCACCUCCUCUUCCGAGUCUUUUUGCUCCCGUGCCCCAUGUUCAAGCCCAGCCUGCGAUUGCUCAGGUCCCCCCGACUCUCCAGUCCCAGCAGCCAUAUCAGGUGCUUUUUCGAUCACCAGCGGUGAUUUUGUUUCAUUGCUCAAGUGACCAACCCGUUCACUCUCUUCUGCACAAUUGUCGGAGCGAUCCGAGCCAUUCGGUUUAUUUGGCGUGAUGGACAUCUCUGGGUUUCCUGAUGGCGUAUCCGACGACUUGUUCGUGUAGUCCACCGACCAACCCUCGGCGGCCGGUUGCUUGAGAGGAUCCGUCAUGUCCACUGGGAUCGGCGUUGUUGACCACUCUUGACCGUCUAAAAUGAAUGCCUAGUCCACAUCUUCUCUCAUAUCGAGCCCAUGAUUGGCUGCCGCCUCGUUGCCAAAGAACUCGGCUUGUGAGCCCACUCUGAUCUCGAGAUGCGACGCUGAGCGAUCGAAGAGCGGGUGAUCCAUGCCAAUCUUUUCGAAAUCGAUUUGAGCCUGCUCGUGGAUUAACCCUCGAAUGGUUUCUGGGAAAAAAUUCAUUUCGGGCCCUGGAAUUGCUUCAGACCGGGAGAGGCCAAUGUAGUUUACCCAG